AUGGACGCACCCCCCGUUACUGUUCCGUCGCGGGUAGCACCGAAAAUACCUGGUUCUAAAGCAACUCUUGGAAGGGCCGUGUACCUAAAGACACUGGACCAGUGCGAGGCGCUUACCCUGACUCUUCUCGCUCAACCACACGCCGCCAACAGCGUCCGCGAUAUCAAGAUCUCGGUGGGCAGCGUCAAGGACUCCGCCAACUGGACAAUAUUGAUGAACGGUUCCCUCACGUCCAUCUUCAGAGCCUGCCAGGAACUGCAACACCUCAUCAUCCAGGACUUUUCCAAGGAGGACUUCACCAACAUCGUGUUGCCGUGCAUCGAAGCCGCCUCGUUUCCACGGGUGACCUACUUGAUGCUCGCUCGUGGCGUGAUCGGCCAGCACUCCGAGCUCGUGCGUGCCCUCGUUCGCCUACCGGCGCUGCACGCGCUGGUGAUGCAGUCGACGCACGUCGCGACCUUCGACAAUAUCGCGCACGACGACGACGAUAAGCGAGUGCAGAUCCUGCGGGAGACCCCCGAGCGGUCCGUGCGCGUCCCUGUGCUGGUACUAGAGCCCCACUUCUUUGUCGACACCCUCGAGUGGGUGACGCUGGCGAUCGGGCUGAAGGACGUAGCCCACCUUGAUAUGGCCAUCACGUCGACGCACGACUACCAGUUUCUCUGUUCUAUGAUCAAUCUCAGGGGCGUCCAGAGCAUCUCAGUGGCGGUUGAUUACAAGUGGUAUCUGGAUCGCAGGCGCCCCGGAGCUUGGAGUUAUCAGCCCGGUGGGGUACCGGACGACUUGUUUGUGACCUUCGCGAAGGAUAUCGGGCGCGGUAGACUGCGUUCCCUGGAACUCAGGCAACGCGCCCGAGGCGACACCGUCAAAUUGCAUGGCGGAAGUUGGGCGAACGAAUUUUUGCGCGUCGUGCCAGGACAACACCUCCAGACGCUCGUUCUCGUUCUCCACUACCGCGCGGGCGCGGAGCCCUGGAAAGGGCUCGACUGGGCGGCCGUAGACGACGCGGUGACAAGUGCGCACAGGUUUCCGGUGCUGAAGCGGUUGGUCAUCGGUCUGGAGAGGGACUUCCUGCAUGAGGUUGAGGACUUCGAGGCCGAGUUGAAGGUGACUACGAGACUCCUGCGCAUUGCCAUGCGCGAGAAGCUGCCGGAGGCGACCGCUAGGAGCCUGGUCCAUGUCGAGGCGGGAUCCGCUUACAGCGAUAAUCGUGUUCCUGCAUAG